AUGUGCAACAAUUUCAAUGGCGACCUGGCCCCCUUCUGCCAGCUAACUAAUGGCAGCAAGCCAAACUCGGGCUCAACUUACAAAAAAGAAGGCCAGGACGGCUUCGCCGUGCCCGACCUACGAGCCGGCGACGGCAAGUACUCAUGGCAGAUCCUAGACACCUACCGCGCGAACGGGCAAGACACGCUCGCCCUCGUCGACACGGCCAGCGGGAACGAGACCCUCACCCCUGGACCGCAUGUGCAGCUCGUGCGCGCGAAGUCGAGUGGGCCCGACGUCUUGGCCAUCGUUCUGCCGGUGCUCUUCAGGGUCUUGGUACUGGGCCUGGUGGGAGCGUACCUGUUCAAGCGGCGGCGCAAUCCGGAGUUCACGCUUAGGGGGAUGCUGCCUGGCGGCAGAGCUGGGGCUGGGGCUGGGUACGGGGCGAAGCAGAGUAUACGUGAGCGGAUGGCUGCGGCUGGUGGCGCUACGGUGCAGAUGGGACCGGUGGAUUAUAGUAGGCCGCGGGAUGGGCAGAAUGUUUCUCGUGAUGAAUUGCGGAGACAGCAGACCUUCAAAUAA